AUGUUGUUGUUCAUUCUAGUAAUUAAAACACUUGCUCUGAUCAUAACAGGACCAUGUGGGAUCAUCCUAAACUCAUCGAUUGUAGCUGUGGAUCUCAGACACUGGAAGAAGGGAGUGAGCCUUGUGGACUGUGAUCAAAUCAUUCUAAUCAUGGGCUUCAACAAUGUCCUCCUCCAGUGCUUUUUAGCUUUCAUUUGGAUCAUUAAUACUUUUGAACUCUAUGAGCAUCUUGACAAAGAAUUCAUUUUUGUGAUUUACAUUCUCUUCUUCUUUUUCACUUCCCUCUGGGUUUGGCUCACUGCCUGGCUCGCUAUCUGCUACUGCUUGAGACUCGUCAACAUUUCACAUCGAUUCUUUAUUAUCUUAAAAAAGACAGUGCCCUGUAGGGUAACCCAACUCCUGCUGGGAACAGUGGUGAUUUUAGGCAUGAUUAAUAUUCCAAUUUUUCGGGAACUGAAAAUAAAUGCUAAGCAAAAUACAUCUUCCACCUUACCAGUUGAUUUCUUUAUCUUUGAACCAGACAGGGUCGGGCCAAGCUGGUCAUGCACCUUAGGCAAUCUGGUUGGCCAUGUUGCCCCCCACCCAUCCAUGUGUGCGUAA